GAUCGGUGUAGCGUCGCUUUAAACAUGAUUGACAGGUUGAUGGACCAAUAGGAGACGCCGACAGGCUGAGUGGGCGUGGAAAGCGAAGGCGGGACUGUAACACACGGAAUUGAAGGGUAGUAAAACAUGGCGUGGUGAGAGAUCAGAUCAGAUCUGAGUGUUUUUGUGCUUGUUUGGUGUAAAAUGUUAAAUUAUUAAUAAUUAAAAACAUUCGGGAUGGUUGCGAGCGCUGAGGCAUGGCUGCUUUUGUUCGUGGUGACAGUUUUGGAGAUGAACGUCUUUGUAAAAGGGAAAUUAAACGUGCUGUUUAUAGUAGCCGAUGAUCUAAGGCCCGCGCUGGGCUGCUACUCCGAUCCGGUGGUAAAAUCGCCCAACAUCGAUCAGCUGGCGUCCAAAAGCUCGGUGUUCUACAACGCCUUCGCACAGCAAGCGGUAUGCGGCCCCAGUCGGACGUCGUUCCUGACCAGUCGGAGGCCGGACACCACCCGGCUGUACGACUUCGGCUCGUACUGGAGAACCAGCGCCGGGAACUUCACCACGCUGCCCGAGUAUUUCAAAUCCAGCGGGUACACCACGCUGUCCGUGGGGAAGGUCUUCCAUCCAGGCAUCGCCUCCAAUCACACGGAUGAUUACCCGUACAGCUGGUCUGUACCGCCGUAUCACCCGCCCUCCUUCAGGUACGAGAACAGGAAGGUGUGCAGGAACGACGACGGGACGCUUCACAGCAACCUGCUGUGUGGUGUGGACGUGUCCGAGAUGCCUUCAGGGACCCUGCCGGAUCUGGAGAACACGGCCGAGGCCGUACGGCUGCUCGGGACCCUGAAGCGUACGGAGGAGCCGUUCUUCCUCGCCGUGGGCUUCUACAAACCUCACAUCCCCUUCAGGAUCCCACAGGAGUACCUGAAGCUCUACCCCAUCGAGAACAUGACCCUGGCUCCACAUCCACACGUUCCCAAGAAGCUUCCCGAGGUGGCGUACAACCCCUGGAUGGAUAUCCGGAAGAGAGAGGACGUGCAGGCUCUGAACGUGAGCUUCCCGUAUGGACCCGUCCCUAAAGACUUCCAGCUGCGUAUCCGUCAGCACUAUUAUGCAGCUGUUUCGUACCUGGACGCUCAGGUGGGGAAACUUCUGGAGACUCUGGAUGAGCUGGACCUGACAAAGAAAACCCUGGUGGUGCUCACCUCCGACCACGGCUGGUCGCUGGGCGAACACGGCGAGUGGGCGAAGUACAGCAACUUUGACGUGGCCACCCGCGUGCCCUUGAUCGUGUACUCUCCGGGCGUGACCGCUCCUCUGCCCUGGCCUGGAGAGAGGACCUUCACCUUCGUGGAUGUGUUCGACUCGCAGGAGCGCUUUAAACCAGGUUACUCCAUCCUCUCCAUGGUGGAGCUGGUGGACGUCUUCCCCACCGUGGCGUCCGCCGCCGGCCUCGCCCCGCUCCGUCGUUGCCCGUUCCCUUCCUCCGACACCAAGCUCUGCACGGAGGGCUCGAGCCUGGCGCGUCUCCUGGGGCGGAGCGAGAGCAUGGGCAACAACGAGGCGUUCGCCUUCAGCCAGUACCCGCGCCCGUGCGACGCCGUCCGGCCGGACUCCGACCUCCCCGCGCUGGCGGACAUCAGCGUCAUGGGGUACUCGCUGCGCUCUAACGACUACCGCUACACCGUGUGGGUGGGAUUCGAUCCCACACGCUUCAGCGCCAAUGUGAGCGACGUGCACGCCGGCGAGCUCUACGUCCUGUCCCAGGAUCCCGGGCAGGACCACAACGUGUACCACCAGUUCGGGCGUGCCAGGGAGGCGCUGCUGAGGUUCGGCGUGGGCCGGGAGUGGACCCGGAGCCUGGAGCAGCACCUGAUUUAUUUCAGAGGGGCGACGGGGGGGAAGUGACGCCCGGAAUUCUGAACCUCUUCUGAUAGUCGUACAGCACUUUAGAUAUUUCUUACAUCGGUUACGGGGACUCUGAGAAGGGGGCGAGGGGGGGGGAGCACCCCAACCCAAAAAAUCCACUCACAAUCCGACAGUCUUCCAAAACAGGACUUCACUUUUGCUGCUAAUAUUUUCUAUAAAUGCGCUGGUGCGUCGGGUAGCGCCGGUGCCGCACAGCUCCAAGCCUCCGGGUUUGAUCCCAGCCUCCGGAGCCACAGCUGUGCCCGGUUUUGAUGAUUAGAUUAGAACUCGCUUGCUUUCGAUAGACGGAUGAUGGAAGGGAUUCCAUGUUGCUGCCGCGCCAGCGACCUCUGCUGGCUGGAUGAGGAGCUGCGCUGCGCUGCAGUGAGAUGAUGAAUAACGGAGAGUAGUGCGUGACUCUCUGUGUACGCGCACCCACACGUGUCAGGGAUGGGUUCAGGAUACAACAGGGGAAUUGGAUAUGACUAGAUUUGGAGAACAAAAGGGACACAAGGUCCAGGCGCUUUUGAAACACACUAUAUGGCCAAAAGUAUUGGGACGCCCCUUCUAAUUAUUGAAUUAAUGCAUUUCAGCCACUACAGUUGGUAACAGAUGUAAUAAACGAAUCAUAUAAAGGGAAUGAUAGGCUUCCAACUUUGCAGCAGCCAGUUUAGGGAAGGUCCUUUCCUGUGUCUUGCACAGAGCCCUGACCUCAGCCCCACUCACCAGCUCUGGGAUGAACCGGAACGUCAACUGAUCCAUCAGCUCCAUCUUUUGACUGAACGGGUACAAAUUCCCCCCCCCCCCCCACACACACACACACACACUACACACUUGUGAGAAGCUUCUCAGAUCAUCACACAGAGUAAACGGGACGUCCAACAAGCUCAUGGUCAGGUGUCCGAAUACUUUUGGUCUUAUAGUGUAUGUUUGUUAUAUGAUGUGAAUAAUUCUGCUCGUAUUUAAGGUGUUUUAAGCAGCAGUUACGUGGUUAAUGAUGCACACGUGCACAAAUCUCAUUAAUUAUUAAUGUUUCACUAAUUUUACUCAUAAAAAGGGAAAAUAUUAAUUGUUAUUGUUGUUCUUCUGCACUAUUGUUGUCAUCUAUAAACUAAUAAAUCUGUAUUUAUAUACGCAACACAAAGCUGGUCGAGCGUCGGCGUCCAUCUGUUUUAUUCUUCCGAAUCCGUGCUAGUAAACGCGCAGCGGGAGCGCGGUACUGACGCUAACAUUCUGAUAGCACACGGGAUGGACGGGUGAAGGAUUCCUAAUUGCUGCUGUAACAGCGGCAUCUGGUGGCCGGUCGUGGUGCAGCACAGAGACUGUGAAUAACGGAGAGCAGUGCGUGACGCUCUGUACCAUUAAAAUGAGUAUUUACAGAA